CUCUCAUCUCCCUGCUGAGCCCGUAAUCCACCAAAAUGUCCAACACAGCCCCCGCCACCGAGAAGCGCAUCCACCUCACCCGCCACGCCCAGGCCGAGCACAACGUGGCCAACGACUACCAGAUCGCCGAUGCGCCAUUGACCAAGCUGGGACAAGACCAAUCCCGAGAGCUCAAUGAAAUCACCAAGAAUGGCGUACAAAAGACUGCCGACCUGCUUGUAUCCUCGUGUCUCCGGAGGCCACUGGAGACCAUGCUACUCGGCUACCCUGAACUAAAAUUCCGGCUCGAAAAGGAGGGAAAGCCUGUCAUCAUACUCGACCUCUUGCAAGAAGUCGGCCACUGGCCCUGUGACACACCGACUCAUCCCUUAUCCGCUCUCAAAGCUUCCAACGACGGUAUCUUUUCCUCUCUUGAUUUCUCCCGCCUCUCCCCCGAGUACGCCUCCAAACAGGGUAUCUUUGAUCCUCGAAACGCGAUAGAGCGCGCCAGACAAAUGAGGGUAUGGUUGAGAGAGAGGCCAGAGAAGGAAAUCGUUGUGGUGGCGCACGGGGACAUUUUGAGAUACAUUGCCGAUGGACAGCAGUCUACUAGAGUACGCCUUCAGCUCAUGGAGCAGGACUGUGCUGAUAACGCAUAGCCCUGGGGCAAUGCCGAGUCCAAAGUCUUCACCUUCAAGUCCGAGACCGACAAUUUUGCCGGUCUGGUCGAAUCAGACUACAAGGUCAAGGCUCCAGACGCUACCGAUGACCCAACCAGCAGCGAGAUUUCCAACAAGACUCAAUAGACUCUUAGAUCAUCUCAUCACAUGUCGUUGUAUGCAUGACUAACAAAAGUAUCGUAAGCGUAUAGAAUUCGUUAAAACAUGAAAAUACAAAAGGACCCAAGACGGUCAUUAUACACAG